GUAGCCCUGUUGAUACCUUCACAAUCCAACGCCAUGUCUUUUUCAUUCGGUGCACCAGCCUCCAACGGGGGCUCUGGGAAAAGCCUUUUUGGGACUGCUGGCAAUUCAAAUACUGGAUCGAGUCCGGGUAGUCUCUUUGGAAAUGUAGGAGCAUCAACAAGCGGCAGCUCCUCACCUUCAUUGUUUGGCACAAGUUCUGCGACUGGUGGCCAAGGGUCUACGCUGUUUGGUGGUGCCAGUGGUAGCGCUGCUACACCCAGCGGCGGUACUUCUGCGUUCAGUUUCGGUACUCAGAAUAAACCCGCGGGUACCACUCAGCCAACUUCACUAUUUGGCAGUGGAUCGCAAACCCCAAAGUCGAACGAAACGCCCAGCUCCGGACAGACACCUGCCGGGGGUCUCUUUGGAAACGCCGCAAAGCCCGCAGGCGGCCUAUUUGGCAACGCAACUUCCACCCCCGGACAGUCAGGAGGUUCGAUCUUCGGCAACACCGCGUCCACAACUCCUGCUGGUCCUCCCCCACAGGGAGGUGCUACUGGCCAGCCUCAGUCGCUUUUCGGGCAGACAGCACAGAAGCCAGGUGGUCUGUUUGGAAACGCGAACACAACUAGCUCUUCAUCCACCACCCCUACUACCGCAACCGCACCCUCCACCAACCCAUUGUUCGGAGGAGCUUCGCAGACGCAGACGCAGACGCAGACUCAGUCGAACGGCGGCGGUCUUUUCGGAUCGAACACACAAAGUACACAACAGAAGCCCUUGUUUGGCUCGACCCCAGCAGCAUCCGCGGGAGGUAAUCUAUUUGGAAACGCUAACAAACCGGCGGAAUCAACAACUCCGACCACCAGUGCUGAUACUGCCCCCAAGCCAUUAUUUGGCGCUGCCCCAACCCCUUCCGCCGGAGGUACGACGAGCACUCAGACACCUUCUCUUUUCCAGAAGCCAGCUGCUGGAACGGACUCCACGGCAAAGCCUGCCUUCUCUCUGGGUACCACAAAUGCUAGCGCGCAGCCCUCUACGACUCCGGCCGCAUCAUCUGCUACUCCACAAAAAUCCCUAUUCCCUGCCAUUGGUGGUACAACCGCUUCCGCAACUCCAUCAACAACUCCUGCAGCUGCUCCUAGCGGUGGCAUGUUCUCUGCGCUUGGGGCCCCUAAGUCUACAGGAACGACUGCACCGAGCACUACUGCUACCGCAGCCCCUGCUGCCCAACCCGCGGCACCCACGGGUGGAUUGUUCGGGAACAAGCCUGCUGGGACCGCCGCACCUUCACAACCCUCAACCACUUCCGCAACCCCCACUACAGCCACAGAUGCCUCUAAGCCAUCGUUCACCAUACCCUCCGUGCCGACGACAUCGACCACUACUGGCACAACAGGCACCACUGUGACAAGCAACACGGCAACCGGGGGCGCCGCGCUUGGCGCGUCGACUGCUGGUCCUACUCCCCCAGCUCAGUCUCGCCUGAAAAAUAAGACCAUGGAUGAGAUUAUCACCCGUUGGGCUACUGAUCUGACUAAGUAUCAGAAGGACUUCAAAGAGCAGGCGGAGAAGGUCGCCGAAUGGGACCGGAUGCUUGUUGAGAAUGGCACUAAGGUGCAGAAGCUGUACGGUAGCACGGUUGAUGCGGAGCGUGCGACUCAAGAGGUCGAGCGCCAGCUUGCUUCCGUUGAGGGACAACAGGAGGAACUGGGUUCGUGGCUGGAUCGGUAUGAACGUGAAGUUGAUGAAAUGAUGUCGAAGCAAGUGGGGCCUGGUGAAUCCUUGCAGGGACCUGACCAGGAGCGUGAGAGGACUUACAAGCUGGCCGAGAAGCUUUCGGAGCGCCUGGACGAGAUGGGCAAGGAUCUGACCAGCAUGAUCGAAGAGGUCAACGGUGCCUCUGCGACACUCAGCAAGACCAACAAGGCAGAUGAACCGAUCUCUCAAAUCGUACGCAUUCUCAAUUCCCAUCUGUCACAACUACAGGUUAUCGACCAAGGCACAUCCGAACUCCAAACUAAGGUCAGCGCAGCCCAGAAGGCUGGGCAGUCUCUGUCUUCCCGGUUUGGUUAUGGCUUCAGCAGCUCCGGCAUGGGCAACUCGACUGCGGCUGAUGAUUUCUACCGUUCUUACAUGGGACGGCGGUAAUGGGGAGAUAAAAAACUUUCGGAAUCAUGGGUUUAGUUAUACGAGGAAACAUGCGGCGAUCGUUAUCAUUGAUCGGAGAAUAUAAUGUACUUGUGCUGGGUUGGAGCUGUGUGUUUUUUCUGCCCUUUUAAUGUUCAGGCUAUUGUUGGCAGUUUAACAAUGGGCUAAUGACAAUUAUACGCGUCCAUGGCUUGGCAGUAUGCCAACUAUCGUAUCUCUAAAACGCACAAGGGAGAUCAAAAUAGGAGGGAGAGU